AGCCGGAUGAGCAUGCCCGGAGUGAAGACGAUCGAGAGCGUGGGCGAGCUCGAGGCCACGGUCUCGAGCGAGGCGCGGGCCGCGGUCCUCUACACGAUGUCGUGGUGCCCGUGGUGCACCAAGCUCAAGCCGGCCUUCGAGGAGGCCGCGCAGACGGCCGAGUUUGCGGACGUCGCCUUCCGGGUCGUCGUGCUGGACAAGCAUACGGAAACAGACGAGCAGUGGCGCAAACCCAAGUCGUCGGUGCCUCAAACACACCUGUAUGAGAACGGGCAGAAGAUCCGCGAAGAGUGCGGGUAUAUGGAACGGGACGCCUUCUUUGACUGCUUGCGUGGCGCAUUUUCUGGAAGAGGCCCUUUGGAGCGGGCAGGCGAGAAGGAAGAAACGCACCAAUGCUCGUCGAAUGGGGCGUGCUGCCUAAAUCGCACUGCGAGCGGUGCUCGUCCCGUGUGCGAAGGGAAGUUUGAGGACAGGCGGAAGCGUGCCAUACUUUUCCACAAGAACAAGAAAGCGUUCUCCGACUUGGAGCCCAACUGCGUGUUUCGGCCAACUGACCAGGACCGCGGGAUCCUCAUUGGCCGAGCAAACGACGAGGCCUCAUACUUCGACAUCAUACUCUGGAACGCGCCGCACGAGGACCCGGGGCGGGUCUACUUCAACCUCGACUUCAUGCCUGACCCCGUCAAGAAAGCACGUUUCGAGUCUGUCCUGUUCUCAGUUACGUUUGGACAGGAUUCAGAGGGCGGCAAGCACACACCUCUCGCGAUCAAGGACCUCUUCCCCACCGACUCUGACGACGCGGCCUCCCGGCCGCUGCUGGCGCCCCAAGUGGACGAGAUCUCCUCUGAGCAGGCAGUCCUCGACGAUGGCUCCAGCUUCGUGUCUUCCUUGGAUGAGGACCGCAGGAGCGACGCCUCGGUAACAGCCACCGUAAUCCGCGGUCAGGGCCUGCACAGUCCUACAGCCGUUUGGAACAUCACCGAGGGGAAGACGUCCUCGAACCGUCUCGGCUUAGACGCGCAUUACAGCAUGUACAUCACGCUUCCUACGAGCAGCACGGUGUGGAUGAAGUUUUGGGCAAAGGCCGUUCUGGUUAGUGGGGAUCAAGUAGGGUUGGGACUGAAGCAUCGGGCGACACUACAGAUUGGGACGGCAGAGAAGCCAUACGAGAGAGUCUUGGAUUUGAGCGAGGUGCUCAACCAGACCUAGAAAAUUUUGUUCUUUUUAACUUCAAAGUGGUAUGAGAGUUGUAGAGUAUUUGCCUUGAAACCACCGUCUUCAAGCGCAAAAGUUCGUUUUCUCUGCGAAUUCAGGAGACGACG